GUUGUAUUAUCCGGAACAAUUGCAAAUUCUGAGGCCAAAUAUAGUAUAGGGUAGCGUCCAUGUUCGCAAGGUUUUAUCCGAGUCAAAGAAAGCGUUUUCGUACACCGAACUUCAUCCCUGCAGCACCUCACAAUAUAUCAUAAACUAUAAUGUCUGGCACUGCAGAAGGCUUUGUCAAACCCGCAGUCUCACGCCCAGAGCUACCGCGCUACUUUUGGCGAGACCAAAGCCCUGCUCACACACGCAUUCGAUACAUCACAAAUCACCUGGAAGCAGACUUCGAAUUAUCUCGUUUGGCCAUAGGACCUCUUGGUUUUGACCUAGAAUGGCGCCCCAACUACAGGAAGGGUGGGAGAGAGAACCCCGUAGCACUUGUUCAGCUCGCUGGUUUCGACACCAUAUUGCUCCUACAAAUAAGCGCUAUGUCAGGUAUGAGCAAGACUUCAAAGAACAAAUUUCCGUUGAAACUGAGGGAAGUGCUUUUGGAUCCAUUGCGAGUCAAGACUGGCGUUAGCAUCCAACGGGAUUGCAAGAAGUUAUAUGAGGAUUGGGGCGUUUCAACACACAACUGCGUAGAGCUAGCCCUUCUUGCCCGUUCGGUCGAUAAUGCCCGAUGGAAGGGAAAGUACACCAGCCCACUUGGAUUAUCUCGCCUUCUUGAGACCUACGUGGGUUUCUCUUUGGCGAAGGGGAAGGUGCAACGCAGCAAUUGGGAGCUCCGUCUUUCUUUGGUCCAGCAAGAAUAUGCAGCCAACGAUGCGCAUGCUGGGUAUGCUAUCUAUACUCGGCUGAUUGCAUUGGCUCGAGAUAUGCCCAAUACAGACCCAUAUUACUACUCCUUCAGUGUUGUGAAUGGCUUGGUGCUAGAUCACCUCGGCAGUUCUCAGUGGAUUCCCCACAACCCUUAUUACGAUCCAGGUCCACCGCCUCCUCCCAAGGAACCGAAGGAAAAAGAGAAAAAUAAAACACCCAGAGCACCGACGUCAAGUGUCGUCAGUCAAGCCACAACCUCUUCUGGAUCCUCUUUGCAGGACAGAAUCGGUAUGAGAAAUGACUCACAGGGUCCUCUACUUUCCGGUGUCCCCGUUACACCUGCCGUGAACUCACGAGCAGAAGCUUUCCAUCGGACUCCUCGUAAUCGCCCUACUUCCACCCAACGGCCUAAGAAUCGUGGUUAUGACCCUGCACAAUAUUCUGUUACUAUGCGCAUCCAGUAA